AUGCCGAGUGAUAGAAUUUUUGCCGUAAGAAAGUACGUUGCCCAGGGUGCACCACGUGGAGGCGAAAGUGAUGCGAACACCCAUUGCAUGACUUCUAACAGAAUUGAAGACGGUAAUCUUCUUCCUCUUCUUCUUCUGGAAUUUAAACCAGUAAAAGUGGGUUAUGAAAUAUGUGAUCGUGAAAUCACAGGUGAACUCGAAUCUCCUCUCAUGGAUAUCAGUUCACCUGUCAUCAGUAGCCCUUAA